AUGAACGCUCGAAUCCAGUCACUCCUACAGGGAAAAAUCGACUUUGAAGGGCAGAAGCUAGCUGAGCGCAUGUUACAUGUCUCUUUGAUUUCGUCAACCGUCAUGUCAUUUCUCGCUGGGUUUGCUAUGCAGUCGUUACAAGUGACGUUCUCGACCCUCGGGGUUGCAACCUUACUCAUAGCCCUUGUUACUAUCCCUCAAUGGUCCAUGUACAGGAGACACCAGCUUACAUGGCUCCCUGCGCUUGAAUUGAAAGACUUGACGAAGGAACAAUGA